CACCUCCUCACGCUGUGAUGUUGUGCUCCUGGGACUGCCGCCACGCACCCGCCCGCGCUCCUCACUCCACCGCGCUAUUUACCCCCUCGCCGGCCUUGUUGCGCGGCUCCCUGGCCCCAGUGUUGUUGUAGAGUGUUGCAGGCGUGUUGACACAGCGGGUGUGGCGUGAUGUCUGCUUCACCGGUGGCUCGGCAGGCUGUGGCUCAGGCUCAGCCACAGUCCAUCCCCAGGAGAGUAACCAUAAACUCGCCGGCGGAGUUACCCCAUGAUUACAGUACCACGCCCGGGGGCACGCUCUUCUCCACUACCCCAGGAGGUACGAGGAUUAUCUACGAACGAAACUUCUUAUUGCAAAUGCGGAAUUCUCCAUUGGCCAGGACGCCUCCCAAGAACCUGCCAGUGAUACCAGGAGUAACUACCAAGGAUGAUGCUGUUGUUCACAGGGAAAAUGGAACGAUUUCAGAGGAGCCAGAGAAACCGGAACAUGCUGAAUGUGACCAGUUUGAAAUGGACCUUUAAACUAAGUCUUCCUGGCCCCAGCAUCACCAGGUCUCCGCCCAACCCAGUGUUUGUACAGAAGUCGAGCUGAUCAGUUUCAAAGGAAGCUGCUGUACAAAUCCUUAGGCUUGCGCCCAAUUGUUGCUCAUGUCUGAAUUGUUUGCAUGGCUGCCUGCCUAACGUUUCAGUCGCCAUUCAUACCUGGGUAGUCUGCCUUUUUGUGAGAUUUUUACCUGCCCCUUCCUUGGAUUUCCAUGGUGAUGAUGAGGUCAGGUUCUCAUAGAUGGUUACUCGGCUAACCAGCAACGCUUGACGUAUCAACAGGGUCAUACCCGCAUAAAGUGAGCAAAGUUUCACUCGCUCAGAUAUCGCUCAACAGCAACACAUGUCAGCCCUAAUAAGUUAUCCUCAAAAUUUCUUAUUGUGUAGAAAGAGGAUCCCUUCCAGUGAGUCUGAAGUGGCCAAAUCAACAUAGUGUGUGUAGGGUAUGAACAAAUGUAGUAGAAAUUAGCACAGGAAAUAAUAUAGAACGUUUCGUAUUUCACAGUUACCAGAACGAUGGACUUUGUUAAUAUUUGUUAUAUUAUGCCAUCAUCAGGGACUGAAGUGCAAUUUGUAAAAAUGAUUUUUAUACAUUUUCUUCCAAGAAAACUGGUUUUGCUUAGUGCCAAGAAUUAUUGCCUGUAUUCAGUGAAAUGUGUGUUGUGCUUUGUUUAUCCAAAAAUGUUUAUCCUCUACCUUAAAAAAUUUUCUUCAGAUAUUGGUAUGAUUUGAUUGUUUAAAGUUUUCAGCUAGUACAUAUAGUACAUAUAAAUUAUAUUGGUAAAAAAAAUACAUGGACCUGUGAAGGACUGUAUUAUAUAUUUGACUUUUGGGGAACAAAUUGUUCACAUUGUUAAAAAAUCAUAGAUUUAACAUUGGUGUUAUUGUAAGUUUUUGGUGAUAAAUUUUGAGGGAAGUGUGAGAGUAUGAUUUCUGUGCUGUGUAAUUUACAACUAAAAGUAGAGGAUAGUGAGUGUAACUCAAUUUUCCUCUUCCAUUUAUGCAAUAUAUGUUUUUUAAACUUGAAAUUAUUAAAAUAUUUUAUUGGCUAACAAGUGCCAUAUCUAGCCAUUAAUUCUAUGUAGCAUUUUAUAAUGAGGACUGCUACCAAAAUAUUGCCCAUGAAUUUGAAGUGUUCUGUGAUGCACAUUCUGAGACAUGAACUGUAAAGUGUACGAUUGUCUUCAGUUAACUUUAUACCAGUGAGUUUUGAGCAUCAAUUAGGACAGGGCAUUAAAUAUGGAAACUAAAUGUUCAAAAUAUAAAAAUUCUCAUUAAAAAUUUUAACAUUAA